CAUCUAAUCCGUGAUCCCUGCCCACUCUUUCCAAAUUGUUGGCUUCCUCAUCACUCGGUCCAAAGGCAGGGAAGAUUUAUAUCCUGUCCCCAGGUGAGGGUGUUUUUCCUGGGCUGCGGAGACGACCGGGAGAAGAUGAAGUUCUCCCUCCUUGUGGUGCUGGCUUUGGUCCUAUUCGCAGCUCAAGCAAAUGCCCUGUACUGCUACACCUGCAACUGGGAACAAAGCAACUGGAGCUGCCUGAAGGCCGAGAAGUGCUCGGACAAGGACGAGUACUGCGUCACCAACGUGGCCUCUGUAGGAAUCGGCGUUUUGUCCCUGUGGAAGAGGAUCACCAAGAAGUGCUCCAGCACCUGCCCACACCACAACUUCCUCCUGGGCCUGGUCACCUACACCUCCUACUGCUGCCAAAGCUUCCUGUGCAACCUGAGCGCGUGCCCGGGGCCCCGGCUGGCUCGCCCGUGAGGUGCUGGGGGUCCCAUUCCAUGCGCUUCUUCAGCUUCCUGAUGGAAGGAAAUGGACCCUGAAGGACUGAAGAGCUUGGCCAGAUUCCCCCAGGAGGGUGUGGACAUCAGACACGAGGAAUAGAUAAAGCAUUGUUGUCACUGU